CAACACUCAACUUUUUUGCGCUUCAUCGCUAAAGAUCCUUGCGAGAAGCUUUCAUGUCCUGGAACCACUCCACACAAAGAGUGAUAGGAGUUGCACGCUUAUGUCCUCUAGGUCUUGAUUGACAGUUGAAACCAUGGAAACAGUGAGGGAGGUGGAGAUGCUUGAGAGUCGACUGAGCAUAGAGGACUUCAUCAAGAUGCAGAGUUUGUUUCAGUCAUCUAGCGGCUCUGGUGAUUCAGUGUCCAUGCAGCGGGAGGAGUUUAUAGACCAGUUUUACUCCACGAUUGGCCGUGGCUCACGGGAGGAAUAUGAGCGUUUAUUUGACAGUGUGGAUGUAUCCAGGGAGGGCUGGGUGGACUGGCAUCGCCUAGCAUCCUACCUUCUAGUGGGACUUUCAGAGAAACAGGAGCAAGCAACAAUGUCUGCAAAGCCACGUUGGUGCCCACCUCGCAUUCUAACUGCUCCUCACAAAGGGCACAUCCAGAGCCUGGUACACCUGGGUACUGGUUGCUAUCUGAGUGUGAGUAAAGAGGGCAGGAUUGCUGUGUGGGAUGAGAAUUUAAUGCUGCUCAGGAGCCACAAGCUUCACAAUGAUUCUGUCAAACCUAAAGAUCUAUGGGUUACAGAUAUGGUGGUGCUACCCAAUGUCAACAAGCUUGCGGUUUCCUUCACCAGUAAGGAGAUAUGCUUUUAUGAUCUGCUUUCCAAGCAAGAGUUCAGCUGUCAGUAUAAAAUUCAUAGCCUGCAUCACACUCCCAUCUGCCUCCAUUAUUGGUAUCAUCCUGAGAAUCCUGAACAUGCCGUGCUCAGCUUCGGAGAUGUAGCAGGACAGGUGAGUGCGAUGUGCUUUAGGUCGGCGGUGCUCUCUCUGUUCGAUAGACCAAGUGCAGGUGUGGAGCAAAAUGCUGCCAUCAAUAUCAGUUGGAGCGAGCUACAGCAGAACCGUCAUCACUGCUGUUACACCAUCACACACAGUGCGCACGCAACACACUGGGUCAGGCGUGUAUGUUUCCUCGGCACUCUGGAAGCCUUUGCCUCCUGCAGUGCUUCUGCUCAGAGAAGCAUGGUGCUGGCAUGGAGGGAAACAGAGUCUUGUCCUCUUCGAAUUACAGCUUUUCACACAGAGAAGGGAAUAAUGGAUCUGGACUAUCAUCCACAACUUAACCUUAUCGCUACUGCAGGUCUGGAUAAUCAGGUGUGUCUCUGGAACCCUUACCUGGUCUCUAAACCUGUUGGCAUCCUUCAAGGUCAUGUUACCAGCAUUGUGGCAGUUCAGUUCAUACAAGGAAAAAAACAACUGAUUAGCUUCUCUAAAGACAAGGUUUUAAGGGUGUGGGAUGUGUCCACUCAUCUCUGUGUCCAGCACAUGGCAGGACUCUUCCCUAAAGCUCAGGAGUGUAAAAUACUCCUGUUUUUUCAUGAGGAGCAAUCACACCUCUUCCUCUCCUUUAACAGCACUCUGUUAUUCCUGGAGGCAAAGAACGAGGAUAGAAAAAGGGUGAUGAGUCACGAGAGUGCCAUCACUUGCGUACUUUACAAUUCUCUUUUUAAACAGGUUAUCAGCAGUGACGCAAAUUCCAGCGUGAAGAUUUGGCUCAUGGACACCGGACGGAAGGUCAAGCACUUUCCCCGUUGCCAUGGCAAUGCUGAGAUAACCACCAUGGCACUGGAUGCAACUCAGACAAGACUUUUCACUGCUGGCAUGGAUGGAGCAGUUAAGGUGUGGGAUUUUAAUGGCCACUGUCACCACAGACUGAACGCAUGCCGAGACCUGCCGGUAGAAAUCUUUGAGAUAUUGGUGCUAAAGAGGACUGUGUUAGUGCUUGGCUGGGACAGGGUGAUCACUGUGUUCAGGAUGAACUCGUUCUCUAGCUUCUUUGUACAGCCUUCAGAGUGGAAAGGUGGUGCUCAGCAUCGCGGGCACAUUUUGUGUGCAGCGUUUCACCCACCUCAGACCUUAGUCACUGGUGGUAGUGAUGGUGAGAUUAUAGUUUGGAACAACAGCACUGAAAAGGCCAUACGCAAACUAUCCAAAAACGUACAACACCAAGACUGCAAGUUCAGUUCAGAUAGCACUUUGUCUACUAUUCCUACUACUGAAGAACCAACUGCAAAUUCCAGUGAAAAUGAUUCAAAGAGUUACACUGUGACCACAUUGGCCUUUCUGGAAGGACGAAAAACAGCUGCUUCAACAGGUGGAGCUGAUCUGGUGUCGUGUGGGGGUUCAGGCAUUGUUUUUUUCUGGAAUACAACAAAUGCUCGAUUAGUUGGCAAGUUUGUGGCUCAUGAAGGCUCGAACUCCAUCAUAAUGACUGUGGGUGGGAGCGGUUGUUACCUGGUCACAGCAGAUAUGGCUGGAGUGGUGAAGGUGUGGGACAUCCAGGAAUAUUGUCUCCAUCCAUCUGAGAGUGUAAUCAAUCAAGCGCCAAAGAUGCUUUCGAGUCUCCACCCUCAUGUUGACUGCAUCACUCACUUGGAAAUGUGUAUCCACAGCGGCCGGCUCUUUCUCAUCAGCGCCUCGGUUGAUUGCAGUCUGGCUCUCAGCUUUCUGUCUGGAGUAACUAUAGGGACAUUCGGACAGGAAAUGCAUUGGAACAUGUCCGGAAUCAGUGAUGUGAUUGUGAAGAGAGGGCAGGAAGUGAGCACAGAGGUUAUCACAGAGACUGGCACAGACACAGAUCAGCAGGAAACACAGCUUGAACAGAGCCCGCAACAUGCUGAGAGAUCAGACAGCUAUACACAGAUUGAGGAGGAAAAAGAUUGCACACUGCAACUUAAUAAUACCUUUAAUGAUGACAGCACAGGGCAAACAUCCAGAAGAAUCCACAAAGCUUUGAGGCAGCAGAAUGAAAGCCCACAGCGUCAAAAUGUUAUUGGUGCCUGUAAUACCUCUACUGGGAUAUUCAGCAAGCUCCGAGUGGAGGAACUGGCCUCAAUAAAAGAGCUGAGCAAGCCUGACUUCAUCAUUAAUCCUCAUUUAUAUUUUGGGCAGAUGUGGGAUUCAAUCUCUCCAACUCCUCCACCUCUUCCUGUGACUGGAGAAAAUUUAAAAGCACCAUUUGAUGAAAAGAGUUUGUUUCCUAAAGACAUGCUGGAGCAGAUGGACAAGCCCCAGCAUUACAGGCCUAAAGUUACUGUUAUGAGAAAAUAUGGGACAGCUAUAAGGAGCAUAGGGAAAGCCAAAGCCAGCACUUCUGGAAUCCACAAAGUCAAAUGAAGGCUCAAAAACAGACAGCAAAAACAGUAAAGUUUUUUUUCAUGUAAUAUUAUUACUGCAACUUGAAAACUGAUUUAUUUAGUAUGAUUUGUUUGAUUCUUUUUGCCUACUGUAAGUAUUUUUAUAGUGAUGAUGAUGGUGGUGUGUGUGUGUGUGUGUCUGUCCUCUUAGUGUGGCAUUAAGUCUUACCACCUCUUAAAUCAGUAAUUCCUGUGCUUUUGGGGCUUUCUGGGUCUGGCUGACCAUAAGGCAAGGGCAGAACAUCCUUUUAGAAAUAGCUGUACAAACUGCUUGAAAUACAUCGUCACAUUUGAUUUUUAUACAGCUAAUUUUUUUAAUUGGGUUGUUUUUUUUGUUUUUUUUUUGUUGCUGUAUCAAUUUAAAAUAGAAAAGAAUCUGGCAUGCCUUUUUUAUUGUAUCACAAAAGCCUGAAAUUUAAACAGGACUGUGUAGUCUUGGUAUGUACUGUGAGUAGUGAUACUGUCAGUUCAAUUCCUAAAUAUUUAAACAUCUCCACUCUUAUACGGGUUGUAUAAAUCAUGGUUUAGAUUAAAAACUGUGAUAACUGGUAUUAAACCACAGUUCUGUGAAAGUCACCAUGCUGUUAAAUUCUUAAAUCUGAUCUGUCAGAAGAGACCUUUCUAUUACAGUUUUUUUUGUCUGCUUGA